CAGUUUAUAGUUGACCGGCUCUGGAACUACUUGCCAAGUACAUUAAAAGAAAAAGUUUAUUACCAGAAUUGCUUGGAUUAGAACUGCUCGUUGCAGAUUAGAAAAAGUCAACUUGAAAGUGUUUGUGACAAAAGUGCUUGAGUGUCAAUUAACAUGGCUCAAAAACUGCGUAUUGCCAUUAUUGGCCAAAGCAAUUUUGCGGCAGACGUCUUGGAGCUGCUCCUGGAGCGCUCCAAUAUUGAGAUUGUUGGGGUCUUCACAAUUCCGGACAAAGGAAGUCGAGAGGACAUUCUGGCCACCACAGCCACCGCUCACAAGAUUCCUGUUUUCAAGUUCGCCAGUUGGCGUCGCAAAGGAGUUACCGUGCCAGAGGUAUUGGAGCAGUACAAAACAGUGGGAGCUACUCUGAAUGUGCUGCCCUACUGCUCCCAGUUUAUUCCCAUGGAGGUUAUCGAUGGAGCGCCCCUAGGAAGCAUCUGUUAUCAUCCGUCCAUUUUGCCGCGUCAUCGAGGAGCCAGCGCCAUUUCCUGGACACUGAUCGAGGGCGACGAGGUGGCCGGCUUCAGCAUUUUCUGGGCCGACGACGGCCUGGACACGGGACCGCUUCUUCUCACCCGUCAGACCAACCUGGAGCCCACGGAUACCCUGGACACCAUCUACAAACGUUUCCUUUACCCCGAGGGCGUCAAAGCUAUGGGAGUUGCCGUCGAUAUGGUAGCCAAUGGAUCUGCCCCCAAAAUAACACAGACAGAGGUGGGUGCUACCUACGAUCCGGCCAUGUUCAAAGCGGAGAACCAGGUGCUCAAUCUUCAACAAUCUGCCGAGCGUAUAUGGAACUUUGUGCGAGGACUGGACUCGGUUCCCGGAGCCAUAGUCACAGUGAUUCAGCCGGACGGCACCGAAGAAGAGAUUCGACUCUUUGGAGCUCACCUGUACUCCGCCGGCCCAGUUUCCGGCGGCCAGGCCCUGCGCCUCAAGGGCCUCAACAAGCCGGCAUGGAUCCACAGUGCCGGUCUCCUCAUCGAGGGUACGGACGGUGCCUUCGUCAACGUCCGCCGUGUAAAGCGCGGCUCCAAAGUCAUCAAUGCCAGCCAGUGGUUCCAACAAGGCCAACAGCAACCCAUUACCGACUUCAGUGAGGACGAGUUGGCCAAGAAGGCGCAACUGACCGGAAUCUGGCAGGCCAUAAUCAAGCAACAGAUCGAGCCAUCGACGGAUUUCUUUGCAGCCGGCGCAGGAUCUAUGGAUGUGGUACGUUUGGUGGAGGAGGUGAAGGAUGCCUUUGACGUGCCCCUGGAGAACGAGCAGGUGUUUAUGGCCCCCGUGUUUGAAGAGUUCUUCGACCUGCUGGUUAGGACUCUACGCCAGGGAAGUGGCGGUGGAGAUGGUCAGCAAUUGGCCUACGAAGGCUUCACUCUGAAAGCCAACAAGCGCGAGAUCCGAGUUCCAACCCAGCUCUUCAUCAACGGUGAGUUCGUGGACGCUGAGAAACGUGCCACCCUGGACAUUGUGAACCCCACCGAUGAGGAAGUACUCUGCCAGGUGGCUUGUGCAUCGGCCAACGAUGUCGACAAGGCAGUGCAGGCUGCUCACAGUGCCUUCUAUGGAUCGUGGAAGCAAAUCUCGCCCAGACAGCGAGGCCAGCUAAUGCUCAACCUGGCCGAUUUAAUGGAGAAGCACAAGGAGGAACUGGCCACUAUUGAAUCGGUCGACUCGGGAGCAGUGUAUACUCUGGCCCUCAAGACCCACAUCGGCAUGUCCAUAGAUGCCUGGCGGUACUUUGCCGGCUGGUGCGACAAGAUCCAGGGAAACACGAUCCCCGUCAACCCGGCCAGACCCAACAACGUCCUGACCUUCACUCGCAAAGAACCCAUCGGCGUCUGCGGUCUGGUGACACCAUGGAACUAUCCUUUAAUGAUGCUUUCCUGGAAAAUGGCUGCCUGCAUUGCGGCCGGAAACACAUGUCUCAUUAAGCCCGCCCAGACUUGCCCCCUGACUGCUCUCAAAUUUGCCGAAUUGACAGUCCGAGCAGGAUUCCCUCCAGGUGUAAUAAACGUCCUGCCUGGCAAGGGAUCCGAAGCUGGUCAGGCAGUGGCCGAUCAUCAACUUGUACGGAAACUGGGCUUCACCGGAUCCACGCCCGUCGGCAAGCACAUUAUGAAGUCCUGCGCGGAUUCAAACCUCAAGAAGUGCUCGCUGGAGCUGGGCGGCAAGAGUCCGCUGAUAAUCUUCGCCGACUGUGAUCUGGACAAGGCCGUCAAGCACGGCAUGUCUUCGGUGUUCUUCAACAAGGGAGAGAACUGCAUCGCUGCCGGACGUCUUUUCGUUGAAGAUCGUAUUCACGAUGAGUUUGUACGACGUGUCGUCAAGGACUUGCGUUCGAUGACCAUUGGGGAUCCACUUAACCGGUCCACUGCCCACGGACCCCAGAACCACAAGGCCCACUUCGACAAGCUCCUGGAGUUCUCUCAAAGGGGCGUGGCCGAGGGUGCCACGCUGGUCUACGGCGGUGGCCGUGUUCCGAAUCUCAAGGGAUACUUCUUUACGCCCACGGUGUUUACAAACGUGACGGACGACAUGUUCAUUGCCCAGGAGGAAUCCUUUGGCCCAAUCAUGAUAAUCUCAAAGUUCAACGGCAGCGAUGUGGAUUCUGUGAUGCAGCGCGCCAAUCGCACUGAGUACGGCCUGGCCAGCGGAGUCUUCACCCAGGACAUUAACAAAGCCCUCAGCUUUGCCGAUCGCAUCGAAGCCGGAACUGUGUUCAUCAAUGUUUACAACAAGACCGACGUGGCUGCUCCCUUCGGAGGCUUCAAGCAGAGCGGAUAUGGCAAGGACUUGGGUCAGGAGGCCCUUAAUGAUUAUCUGAAGACGAAGUGUGUUACCAUAGAAUACUAAAGAGUCCUGUUUGAAUCUGAGAUUACCAUGACCCUCCAGGAAAAGACUUAAUACUUUGCAAAGCAUUUAGUAAUCUACUCAAUAAUAUUAUAUUAUACAUGCCAUAUAAAUAAACAAUAUUUAAUAUUUAA